AGUUGCUGCGGCUCUCUGUCUCUUCCUCAUUCUGCACUGCGAUGAUGUCAGAACAGUACAGCCGGGAGAUAGGCUUCUAUAUACACACACUCACACACGGCCACACAGGCAGGCAUGCAUGCACACACACAGAGAAGCGUACGCACACACACACAUACACACACUGUUGCGAGUAGACACCAUAUGUGGAGCGCAGCAGGACGACAUAAGUGAAUGAACGAGAGGAGUGGAGGACUGAGAGGAGUAGACGAGUGAGGUGGCGAGGUCGGUGGAAGAAGAAGAGGAAUCUACUGUUGCAGAGAAGUGGAGGGAGGAGGACCAGAAACCAGCAAGGCAACACCAACCAGCCAAACUUCCCACACGCACUGGACUUUGCUUUGGCAUCCAGGGGAAAAAGCCGGGACAUCCAUCCAUCCAUCCAUCCAUCCAUCCAUCCAUCCAUUCAUCUAUCUAUCCAUACAUCUUCCAGCCAGCCACGCCAUCCAUCCAUCCAUCCUGCGAUGGAUUCCCCGCCUACAGAGGGAGGACGGCUGCCUCCUACACUGCCAGCAAAGCAGCGCAGGAGUGUGUACUCUCGUAGUUCCAGCACCAGCUCCCUGGACACCAACUCCAGAGCCAGCUCAUCCAUGGCCUUCGCCUCUCCCCCUCUCCUCUCUCCCACCAUGCACCACGGCUCCUUCUCCCUGCCCUCCUCGCCCUCCUGCGACUGCUUUGCCCCACAGUGUCCAAUACACCACCGCUACGGGUCCUCGGACAGCCACCAGGAGAGGUAUUACUCAGAGAAAACCCCUCCGCCGAUUCCCAAGAAGAGGCUGGCCCGCACCCUGUCCCUGCCUGGGGAGUUCCCCUCUUCCUCCUCCUACCUCCGCUCGCCUCUCCUGCCGCGAUACGGGAACCCGCUCUAUGCUCUAUCACCCCUAGAGGACGCCGUGUUUGACCCCGCACCCGAUUCCGAGGACGGGGCAGAGGCAGGAGCAGGAGCAGGAGCAGGGGCAGGGGCAGCUGGAGGACCACCGAAACCCUCCGUCCUCCCUCUCCACAUACCUCCUCCUCCUCGCUCUCUAUCCCUACGUCUCCCUCUCUCUCUACCUCCGUCUACUCCUCCUGCUCCAUCUCUCCCUCGCUCGCCUCUCCCUCUGCCUCAGUUGACCUUCGACACCCCAGACGAGCAGGUGCCCCUCUUCUUCUCUGACCUCGGCGACCGUGCGCAGGUGUCCGACAGCCUCCAGCAGCGCCUUCUGCUGUUCCUGAGGAGUUCUGCGGAGAGGGUGGAGAAGGGGGCUCGAGGGGUAGCGGAGGAGGAGGGGGUUCGACAGGUGGAUGAGGGGGUUCGGAGGGCUGAGGAUAGGGGCGUUACAAGGGAGGAGAAGAGGGCGCAUCGUGUGAAAGAGAGAGUUUUGCGGAUCGAGAGGGGUAUUCAGCAGGUGGUUGAGGAGGAGGUGGUGGAGGUGGGGGUGGAGGUGCGGCCCCAGGACCUGCUGCUGUGUAGAGGAGAGCCCAUAUCAGAUACCCAGGGUGGGGUGCUGCACCACAGGGUCAGGUGCACCACACAACAAGGACGGGAGUUAUCCAUCCAGAUCAGCAGAGAACUGUACACGCCAAUUCCCUCUCUUCAGCAUCCCCAUCCCAAUGUUCAGCAGGUCAUCGCUCAUUUCCCUGCCAGCCCAAACGCUAUAAUCCACAGCGCUGAGCCGAAGGGGGACGCCAUGGCUGCAGUUUGGCCACAGGGGGGCAGCAGAGAUGUGGAAAUGAAGCAGGAACCCACAGCAGCUCCCGAUGAUGAGUGUGGAAUCCAGAGGCACAGCCAGACACAGAGGGAGCAAGCAGCCCAGCCUACCGUCCAGUCUCUCCUCAAUCAGGGGUACAGCGUUACCGUCAGCAGGGACCUGACCCAGGCCACCCUGGAGGAGUUUGUGAUGGAGGAGGAGGAAGGGGGGUCGCUGUCUCGUACCCAGCCUGCGGUGUACCAGAGGCGGCUGCUGCUGCUGCUUCUCCAGGUGACCCAGGCUCUCCAGCACCUCAAGACACACGGUAUCCAGGUGACGGCACUGGAGCCACGCUACAUACUGCUGGCCUGGAGGGAAGAUGGGGGAGCGGGUCAAUGGGGAAGAGGUGGCAGCAGAGAGGAGGAGGUGUUGAAGAGGGAGGAGAACAGGGGUUCACAGGGGGGUGGUGAGAAGUGUAGGAUGGGCAAUUGUGACAGGGAGGAACUGGGAGCAGCUAAGAGGAAGCCAGACGAGGAGGAGGAGGAGGAGGAGGGAGUGGAGCGACAAGGGAGAGCUGACGGCCUCUGGAGGAGGUGGGGGACUCCUCGAGUGGUGCUCAUUCUGUGCACCUCCACAACUGCAUCCUCUCAGCCCAUCACCUCACACCAUGUUCAACUGGGCAAGCUGCUUCAGCGCUGCCUGCCUUCUCCAGUUCCAGACCCUAUAGCGAGUUCCAUCAUGGCUCCAUGUAAAUCAAACUCCCUUCACAACCAAGGUCCACCAAAACCAGCCUCACCAGACUCUACAGCUCCACCAAAACCAUUUUCACCCUACACUCAGGCUUCAGUAGCACUACCAGACACCCCUUAUUGUCAGGGCCUGGCGCGCCUCCUCUCCCAGCUCCUGGUGCCCGAGUGUGGGGUGCAGCUUUCAGAUGUGGCCCCCAUGAUCCAGGCUCUGCUCUGGGGCCCCAGGGCCUCCCUCUUCCAGCACACCCCCUCCACAUCCACCUCCUCCUCCACAGACCCCAGCACCACCACUGUCCACAACUGGCUGCAGGUCAAACGCUCCCUCCUGCUGCUGAAGCUGGCCGAGAGGGGCCUGUUCUCAGAUCAGUCAGGGGUGGACUGGGAGGACUACCUGUGUCUGCAGUACCUCAGCCUCACUGAUCCCCACACUGUGCUCAGUGCCACGGCGAAGCUGGGUCUCCACAGCAUGGAGCUAUGAGCAGACGCGUCUAUCCCCAAGGAAAAAUCGGGGAUAGCCUGCACUCCUCUGAGGAUGGAGGACAUGUUUCAUUCAUAAAAUGAAAAUGUUACUAGUGUGUUACAAACUUGAUCAGAGAGAUCAAGGGUCAAGGUCUUUCAUUCGGGAUAUGCUCUGUUUGUCUGAAAAAGAACUGUAGCAAAAAGCUCUGCCCUACAAAAGCCAAAAAGGCAAUAACUGCAUAUUUUGUCACAGCUGAUAUACUGGAAAUAGACGUUAUCAUCAAGCCUCUAUUAUCUGUCACUGUUUCCUGACUGUUUCCUCCCCCCUAACAAGAAUCUACUGUGUAUAAAAGAAUCACGAGUUAGUCACUAUGAUUGAAUGUCAGGACGUCUCAGGGGGAGCGUUCAUGUUACUCAGUUUCAAUGCUCUCAUAUGGUAACUGAACUUUGCCUUAGUAGGGCAGAGUCGCUCUUGGUCAUUAUUAAUAUGUGCUUUUGGGCUCAUUGCAAAGGAGAGCUGUGCUGCCCUGCUUUAAUAUUUUUAUCCUCCUCUAGCAGGGUGUACUUGAGGAUACCUGCCUGAUCUAAUAGGGCUCUUACCACUAAAUAUUACCAUGCGAAAAAGAAAUACAUGAAACUUAAAGCCUUCUUGUAUAGUUUGACAAGUCUUAAAUGGUGUAUAUUAUAAAAGUAGCUUUCUUACUUUUCAACACACAUGCCAUCUAAAAUGUGUAUAUUGUUGUUUGGGUGCACUCUGGAAUGUAUCCAGCUACUGACUGUUUUAAAUUCUAUUGUUUUAUCUAAGACUUUUAUAUUUGUACAAUGUAUCAAAACAAUGAAAUAAGAUACAUUUGUAUCCUGGCAUUUCACAACAAAUUUAACAGCACAGAAAUUGUAUAAAUAAUAAAGUGCCUAGAUAUGCAUUGCUGCACCACAAACCCUAUUUUUUGUGUUGAGGCUGAAUAUUUUUCAAUGUAAACUUCUUAAACUUUGCAAACCUUUCAUAUGCCUUUCAACAUAGUCUUUCACUAGUGAAAAUGUUUGUAAUCAAAGUGUCUGGAGUAGUCCAUUUGUCAUGUUUUUGUCAUAAGCUUACCUGAGGACAUUAUUAUUUAAAUCUUACAGGUGAUGGAAUUUCAGCUAUGGGAAUUAGUCUGUGCUAUCACCAAACAAGCGCAUUAACCUAUUUUUUACAUUUUGAUUGGAUGGGGGAUCAUAUUUGUCUUCUCAUGAUUAAAAUUCUGUUGACAAAAAUGUAUUUCAUAACAUGGAUGUCAUUGUGCCAAAACCAAGAUUAUUUCCAUCUAUGAUGAGAUGAUACAGUCAUUCCCCAGCCAACCCCCAUGCGCAACGCCCAGCAAAAUGCCUGUCAAGCUUGUCAUUUAUCACAGAUCAAAUCAGUCAGAAC